CAGGAACAAAAACGAAACAAGGAGAGAAAGAAAGCGAAAUCAGAACAGAAUGGCAUCAACAGCAGUAGCCAUGGGGAUUAGGAACAGAAUCCCCAAAACCAUACUGAUAACGGGCGUGAGCAGAGGGCUUGGCAGAGCCCUCGCAGUGGAGAUGGCCAAUAAAGGCCACACCGUUAUUGGAUGCUCAAGAGCGCAAGAUAAGCUCAACUCCCUCUUAGAAGAUCUCUCCUCUUCACAGCCACAGGACAACAACAAGAACAACCCAUCUUCCUCUAAGCAUCUCCUCAUGAAAGUCGAUGUGAAGUCAGAUAGCAGCGUGCAGGAGUUGGCGCGUGCCGUGAUGGAAGCAAAUGUUGUUCCAGAUAUUAUAGUUAACAAUGCAGGAACUAUUAAUAGAAACAAUAAGUUAUGGGAAGUGCCAGUGGAAGAGUUUGAUACUGUAAUUGAUACUAAUAUAAAGGGGAUAGCAAAUAUUCUCCGUCACUUCCUGCCCCUUAUGGUUGGACACAAGCAAGGGAUUAUUGUCAACAUGUCAUCUGGUUGGGGAAGAUCUGCAGCUGCACAGGUUGCACCAUACUGUGCUUCAAAAUGGGCUGUUGAAGGUCUAACUCGGUCAGUAGCAAAGGAGUUGCCCGUUGGAAUGGCAAUUGUUUCUCUUAGUCCGGGUGUCGUAAACACUGACAUGCUUGCAUCAUGCUUUGGCAUGUCAGCCUCCCUAUACGAGACACCAGAACAUUGGGCUCCAAAGGCAGCUACUUUGAUACUCAACCUUACAGCGGUAGACAAUGGAGCAUCUCUUACGGUAUAAGAUACCAGAUGAGCUCACCAACAACUUACCUAACCUUGAUGCAGAUGUAUUGAGCUGGUGCUUCAUGUAAUUCUCAUGUAUGUAGUGGUUAGGAAAAAUAAAUUAGACUGAGAAGCCUUCAAAUAUGUAGGAGCUGGAUUUUUUUUUUCUUUCCCAACAAUGUUUGGGUCAAGUGGCAGUAAGCAGCAACUAUAGGUAACCUCAAAAUGUUAGUGUUCAUCUCUCACUGUGAUUGAAUUGACAAAUUAAAAUCCGUCAUAUCUCUGCAUAUAUUUAGCCAUCUGUAAAUAUAUUGAUAAACAUGAGCUCAAUCAAAAAAAUAUAUCAUUCAAAAGCAUCCAGU